UCCCAGCUACCUCUUGUCCAUUCUCUGAGACUACUAUAUGAUCCUCGUUUUCAAUUCUUCUACACUGAGUUUCCGUUUUGGACUUUGAUACACUCUGUAAAUAGGUGUAGAAUUUUUCUUCAGCUAAUUUCCCUUAGGAAAAUAAUGGGGUCGGUUUGUUCAGGCGGUGUGGCUGGAAAAAAUAAAAAUGAAGAGCUUGAAAGGAAGAACUUGGGGUCCGAGGGGAAGCCUAAGAAGUUAAAGAACUUUGAAAAACAGAAAGAAGAAUCUUAUUUAAAUUCAAGGACUACUGCACGUGCUAAAAAGCAAAACAAUUCGUACUCUGGAUUUUCUAGUGAAUUGAAGAAAUCCAAUCCCAGCUCAACAGGGGGAAAACAGUUCCCCAGGAGAGGCUCAUUUGCGGGAAGAGCUGGUGGGAAGGUAGUUGAAGUUCUGGACACACUAGGAAGUAGCAUGCCAAAGUUAAACAACAGUAAUGUUUUUGGCUCUAGCACGGCUCCUAGAGGGAAUAAGAUAUCUAUAUUGGCAUUUGAAGUAGCUAAUACAAUCAACAAAGGUGUAAUUUUGUUUCAAUCACUGUCUGAAGAAAACAUUCAGUUACUUAAAAAGGAGAUUAUAGAAUCAGAAGGGGUGCAAAAAAUAGUUUCUAAUGAUACAAAGGAGUUAAUAAGUCUUAUUGAGGCUGACAAAAGGGAAGAAUUCAAUAUCUUCUCCAAGGAAGUAGCCAGAUUUGGAAAUAUAUGUAAAGACCCUCAGUGGCAUAAUCUAGAUCGAUAUUUCUCAGGAUUAGAUUUGGAUGUCUUGGGCAACAAACAGUCUAGGGUAGAAGCAGAAAAGACAAUGCAGGUGUUAACCGCUCUAGCUCAGAAUACUGGUGAAUUAUACCAUGAGUUAAAUGCGUUUGAGCGUUUCGAACAAGAUUAUCAACAAAAGUUUAAGGAAAUGGAAUCCUUAAAUCUUCCUCUCAACGGAGAAAGUAUUAUGGCUUUUCAGAGUGAGCUAAAGCAUCAAGGAAAGCUUGUGAGCAGCUUGAAAAAGAAGUCCCUUUGGUCCAGAACUUUGGAACAGAUAGUGGAAAAGCUUGUUGAAAUUGCCACCCAUACACAUGAAGCAAUUUCUGAGUUCCUUGGAAAUCAUAGUGCAACCGUUGUUAAGUAUAGUAAGGGUUCUCAAAGGCUAGGUGAAGCUGGUCUUGCGCUGCACUAUGCUAACAUUAUAAAUCAGAUAAACAUGAUUGCAUCUCGACCAGCUGCUCUUCCUCCAAAUAUGAGGGACACAUUGUAUCAUGGGUUGCCCAAUAAUAUUAAGAAUGCACUUCCUUCGCGGUUGCAAAACGUUGAUGCCACCAAAGGGCUCUCUAUCACUCAGGUCAAAGCUGAAAUGGACAAGACUCUCCAGUGGCUUACUCCAUUUGCCACAAACACGACCAAAGCACAUCAAGGUUUUGGAUGGGUUGGAGAAUGGGCAAAUACAAGCAAUGACUUUGGUGAUAACACAGUCAAAGAAAAUAACCUGAUUCGCCUCCAGACACUUUAUUACGCUGACAAGCAGAAGAUGGAUUUUUACAUCCUUGAAUUGUUGACUUGGCUUAACCAUUUGAUAAGCUUUGUAAGAUACAGACACAAUGCCACAAAGCCAAUGCCUACACGAAGUUCAACCAAGGGACUUGAUUUUCAGUCAAAGAUGCUGAAAUUUUUAUCCUUAGACAAUUUUAACAAGCCACUGGGAACUCAACUUUCUCAAGAGGAUAGGACUUUAUUGGAACAGGUAACAAAGAGAAGAAGUACACCAGGUGUUAGCAAAAGUGAGGAUCUAGAGGUUGUGACCAAGAAUAGAGAAGCCUGCAGAGUUUUAGUUUCUAGCAAGAGUGUUGGGAGUACCCCUACAAGACAAGGCCUUGAGCACCGAAACUCUAAAGUUUUGGACUCUAUGGAUGGGCUAUAAGAUACUGAAAAUACUGUUGGUCUAUUUUUUGCCUCCCAAUAUAUUAA